CACUUAUAUGUAGCCUACAUAUAAAUACUUAUUGUCAUUUUUUCUCUUGUAGGCCUAAUUUAAGCCAUGGGAUAGGACCUAUGUGACGCAAAUGUUAAAAGCAGGAUUUACAAAACAAAUUGACAAUGGUUUGCAAAGUAAAUGUUGCACAUUGUAUAAACUCACGUGUGUCUGUGUGUGCGUGUGUGUGUGUGUGUGUGUGUGUGUGUGUGUGUGUGUGUGUGUGUGUGUGUGUGUGUGUGUGUGUGUGUGUGUGUGUGUGUGUGGUGUGUGUGUGUGUGUGUGUGUGUGUGUGUGUGUGUGUGUAGGCCUAUGUGCGUGUGGGUUUGUGUUGUAGGCCUACUGGACAAAUUAAUGAGGAUAUUUUUCAAGAAGAUUUAUUUUUGGGGGCUAUUUAUGCCAUGUAAAAAGAUGAACUAAGGCAAAAGGCAUGGGGUGCAGAUACUUUUUGAAUGCAGGGUCUACUCUACAUUAGAUAAAAUGAGCACCAAUUUGCUGAGGUGUGCUCAUGGACUCAAAGACGAUACCAUUUUCCCAUCAGCUGCUGUUGAAUACAUCCUUCUAUGUGCAAUGUCCUUAAACCUCACUCGUUUUCGAACUGAACAUGUGUAAACGUUAGUGUUAAAGUCAUUGUUCAGUUCAGCCAUUCAUUGGUCUUCAUUGUUCAAUCGCGGACUGUACGCAGGACAUAAUGCUGCGUUCAUACCAUGUGGGACGCAAGACUACGAUUAGAAAGAUCAUCAUUAUUGUUAAAAUUGCGUUUUGGGAUUGGCUACAUAUUAAAUAGGACUGCUUUUGUUCUUCUUCUACUAUAUUGGUCGACAACAUCCAAUUAAUCAAAUAGUAAUUUAUUAUAUUUCAAAGUAGUCGAGGGGAGGGAACAGAAUUAUUGUGUGUGCUGCUCUUACAUCAUUUCAGUUGCCCUCCUAAACCUUAAUUUUUUAAAGUUAGUUUAUUAGCAUGCUUCCCCAAUAUGGCGUGAAUGAUGACUUAUAACUUCAACGCACCAUCACCAUAGCAACAUAGCGUCGGGAAGCGCAUUAAAAUGACGUCAGACCGUCCUGUGUACAAUCCAGCAGCUCUUCGUGUUUGGUCCUCCGCUUAUUAGUCCCAUGGACAGAUCCACACACCUUUACGCACCUCGUACACACAGUGGUCGACCUCACAUGUGCCGAAAACACCAGAGGUAGAAACAAAGGCCCGAUGACUGAAACACCCCGCAGGUACCAGAGACGAGCAAGAUGGCGUGUGUCCACCCGGAGCUGUCCAGCAGCGUGCUGAGGGAGGAGCUGACGUGCCCCGUGUGCCUGGACGUGUACCGGGACCCCCGCCUGCUGCCCUGCGGACACAACUUCUGCCUGGGCUGCCUGCGCCGGCUGCAGCACCAGGCCCCGUCGCAACGCGGCCACUUCAGCUGCCCCGAGUGCCGCGAGAGCCACCGCUGCUCCGCCAAGUUCCAGAAGAACUUCAAGCUGGCCAACAUCGCCGACGACUUCCGCCGCCGCGGCAGGUUGGCGUCGUCGUCGUCGGCGGCAAUGACGUCGGGAGAACCGUCGCUGGGCUCCAGCUCCUCCUUGGCCGCUCUGCCCUGCCUGGCUUCUCGACUCUCGGUCCCGUGCGACUACUGUCCGCCGCCGUCGGGGGCCGGAGCCGCGGAGCCACCCGUCGUCAACGGGGAGCAAGGGGAGCCUGCGGGGGGGGCGGGCGGGGCCUCGGGCGACUCCUCCGAAGGCGCCGCCGUCGCCGCGGCGACCCCCGCCGUGAAGACGUGUCUGAAGUGCGAGGUGUCGAUGUGCGCCGAGCACGUCAGGCCCCACCUUGAGCUGCCGGCGUUCAGGGAGCACCCGCUGACCGACCCGCUCGACGACCUCCGCAGCCGCAAGUGUCCGAGCCACGACGAGCUCUACAGGUACUACUGCCUCGACGACAAGGUGUGCGUGUGCAACGCCUGCACCAUCGAGGGGGGGCACGCGGGGCACAGCAUCAAGACCCUGAGGAACACCGCCAGAGACCUGAAGGAGUCUCUGGACAAACAGCUGUACCGUCUGGAGCGGAGGUUCACCACCACAGAGAAGAAGGUCCAUGAGCAGAGGGAGAAGGAGCGACAGAACCGGAAGUUCUCGGAGGACUCGGAGCAGUGUCUCGCUGCGCUGGGGGCGGAGCUGAAGGCCAAGGUGGACGGCUUCAUGGGCCAGCUGCGGGGCUGCGCCCAGGGCCACAGCGACUCCAACCGCCGGGUCAUCCAGAAGAACCUGCAGCGCGUGGGCCAGGACCAGGCCCGGCUGCAGGGGGUCCGCUGCGGCAUGGAGACCCUGCUGCUGGAGAACGACCCCUUCCGCUUCAUCCAGGCAUACAAAACGACAAGGAAGCAGUGCCGUCGUCAGCUGAGGAGGAACAUGUUUUACCCCGAGUACGUGGACAUGGAGACGGACGCCCUCGGCGACGCCAUGAACCGGGAGAUGAUUCAGUUCCUGGAGGUGACCCUCCAGUCGCUCAUCAUCACCGCCGUCGAGCACCUCCAGCAUCUUCCGGAAGCAGGCGAGGAAGGAGAGCAGGAGGGGAUGGAGGAGGAGGAGGAGGAGGAGGAGGAGGUGACGGAGGAGGAAGACGACGACGAAGAGGACGACAGCAGCGAUGAGAACCGAAGCGAGGGCGAGGAGGAGGCAGAGGAGGAGGAAGAGGAGGAGGACCAGAGCGACUUGGCCGACGACCUUUACAGCCCAGAGGAGGAGGACUACGAAGAAGAGGAGGGCGAAGAGGAGGAGGAGGAGGAGGAGGUUUAAGGAGAGGUGGGGCCUAUGGUUCACUUAUGUAGUCUGUUGUCAGCCCUCGGUCACUACAGCAAAGGGCCUGUUAACAAAUCAGCAUGCAUCGCCAUGACCACACACGCAGCUGUGUGCUUUGGAUAACUCUCGGAAUGCUGCAACGGAAUCUUCAGUCCUUUAUUGGAAGAUUGAUAUAAAUAUUGGCGUGUGAUGGGGCGUUUGAAUGUGUUUUGGGUUUGUGUUUUUUUUUAUUGUAAUUUUUGUUACCAAUCUUAUUUUGCAAAAAUCAUUGCCUCUGCCAACUUAAGGCUCAAAACACACACACACACACACACACACACACACACACACACACACACACACACACACACACACACACACGUGCAUGUUUAAAUGGGAAUGUAUUUGAGUAUAAUGCUGCCGAUGGGUAUUUUAAGGAAAUACCACACAAGCUCAAAAGUUUGAAAUUAUUAUUUUGUUUAUAUUUAUGCUUAUGACAUGCAAAUAAGAUAAUAUAUAUACAGUAUAUACUAGUAAAUUAAGUAUUUAUUCACUUUUUUAUAUUAUAUACUAAAGAACAAAACAUUUUAAAAGUUUGUAUUUACCUAUUCUACAUCUUUGCUCUAUUAACAGGAUAAGCAACAAAAAAAUGUAUGAAAUAAAUAUUCAUUUCAAUUUCCUAGUAAAUUACUCAAAAAAAAUGUUUUAAUCCUAUUUAGAUGUAGCAAACAAUAAUUCAAAUUAUUCUUACUGAGAUAACAAUGCCACCUAAGCACUAACACAUACAUCUCAAUUACAUAUUCAUCAUAUGUGCUUGUGUGCAUGCCUAGGUAUUUGGAAAUGUAUAAUUUACUUGGCCUAAAUUUUUAUGCACUGUAUUUUCAGAAAUCUAUAUAUAGAUGGCUGGCAUUCUCUUUCAAAGUGAAUCGGUUCUAUGCAGUUACUAUGUUAAAAAAAGGUGAGGGUAGGGUUUUGCACUUUAAUACAGGAGCUUAUUUGUUUGAAUACUAAUAAUACUGUAAGGUACUGUAUUGAAACCAUUCUCAAAUAAAGCGUUUGAAUGAUCACAA